AAAAAACACUUUUCAUACUGUAUGUACAAUUGUAUCUAAAGUCUGAACAUUAGAAUUAUUUACUAUUAUCGCAAUGAGUUUAAACAAUAGAUUAUUAACAAAUGAUUGAUCUUAAACGAUUGAAUAACAAUACAUUAGUAAUUUCGAAACAGAGUAAUUUGUAAAAUUAUAACCUGUGAGAAUUCUAAUGAUGAUUUGGUUGCUGUUGCUCGAAAUAAGAUGUAUUGUGAGAGAGAAUCUCCUCAUGAUCAUCCAAUUAUAAAUAUGAACAAAUCGGUUGAGAAUUUAUUAAUUUCAAGCCACGAGGUAAUUUCUUCAAUAAAUUCAUCAUCUUUGGGCAGUGGAAUUCCUUCAAAAUCUGGUCAUGAUUAUUUGACUGAGGACUAUCAUGAUUCUGAAUCAAAACAUGACAGUAGUCAUCAUGGACGCAGCCCAAGUUCUUCACCUCAGUCAAGUCCAAAAAUAUUCAAUAGAAAAGAUUAUUGGAAAAAUUCUGGACAUGGUUCAAGUUCUGGUGCUAAAGAAAAUGAUAAUUUUAAAAAUGAUGAUCAAUCGUUGGAACCAGCGAAUCGUUCAUCAGACUCUACAGAGGUCUCCCGAAGUUCAGCAGCUGAAACGAGAAAAGAAGGACGAAGUGAUCGGGGUAAAAAAAAAUCGUCUUGGUACAAUGUUCUUUAUCCAACAUACAAAUCCCGAUCUGAAGAUUUUAAACGCAUUUUCAAAGACGUUCCCGAUGAUGAACGAUUGGUAGUAGAUUACUCGUGUGCCUUACAAAGAGAAAUACUGGUCCAUGGACGACUGUACGUAUCACAAAAUUACGUUUGUUUUUACGCUAAUAUCUUUAUGUGGGAAACUUUGGUUUCACUCCGGUGGAAGGACGUACAAUCAAUAACCAAAGAAAAAACUGCUCUCGUAAUACCAAAUGCUAUAUCAAUUUGCACUAAUAAGGAUAAAUUUUUUUUAACAACUUUUGGGGCAAGGGAUAAAACUUACCUGAUGCUCUUUAGAGUAUGGCAAAAUGCCCUUAUCGGCCAGCCAAUGAGCAACUCUGAAAUGUGGCAACUUGUCCACGCGUGUUAUGGCGAAGAGUUGGGAUUAACUUCCGAUGAUGAAGAUUACGUUCCACCUAUAACAGCUGCUGAAGAGGAAAAAUUACCUUCUAGAGUAUCAACAGAGUCUUUUUCUGAGGCAGAUGUAUUAAGUGACGGAAUACCAACAACGUCAGGUGCUGGAGUUACUACUGAUAUUCUUCUUGAAGCCAAUGCUCAUAAUAAUAACCCGAUAAUUACACUUGAUUCUAAGCCAGACGUUUGCUUAGAUCCGACUGACAUGAGUGAUACUACAGAAAGUGAUGCUGAAAAAAGUGCAUUGUUAGGUGAUAAAAACAGUACUAUGUGCACUUCUGCUCAUGAAGGACGACGACUUGUCAAUGUUAUAUUACCCAUCCACGUCGAUCAAUUGUUUACACUUCUUUUUACCAAUUCCAAAUUUUUCUUGGAUUUUCACACAGCUAGAAAAACAACAAAUUUGAUUCAACCAGCAUGGGCGCAGGAUCCACAAACGAAUCAAAAAAUGAGGACUGUUUCUUUAACGAUUUCUUUAACACAAGCUGUUGGACCAAGAACGUCUCAAGUUACUGAACAUCAAACUAUGCUUCCCUGCAGUAGACCAGGUCACAGAUAUAGCAUAGAUGUUGAGAGUAUCAACUCGGGAAUCCCUUAUGCUGAUUCGUUUAAUGUUUUGAGCCAUUUUUGUAUUGCUGCAAUCUCAGAAAAUGAAACAAGUCUUGCAAUAUUCUCUCAAAUACAUUAUAAAAAACAUGUGUGGUCAGUGAUGAAAAGUAUUAUUGAAAAAAACUGUUGGGCUGGUUUAGAUGAGUAUUUUAGUAGCUUAACAAAAGCUUUAAGUGUUGAGUGUGAAGAGACAGCUGUUGGUGAUGGAAUUAAAAGAAAAGUUCGAAGAAGACGGCGUGUUGCGUGUCCUCAGACAUUACCAACUCCAGAUAUACCAUCCACUUUAUCUGCAUCGGUUGUAGAACAACCUCAUACAAUAAAAAAUAUUCCUCAAAUUCGAGAAGAUCCUCCAACUUUAAUGAAUUGGGUUCUUCUAAUUGCUGUUCUUUGUUUAGUAGUCAUUAAUGGAUUACUUUAUUAUAAAUUGUGGGGUUUAGAAGAAGCUGCUGCUUAUACAGUAAUGGAUUUACAUGUUCUUAGGAACACUCCAAAGUCUGAAGAAGAUUGGGUGAAUUUAAUCCAACAACAAGAAAGCUUGCACAAUGUUGAGAUGCGUAAGUGGCAAAGAGUUUUACACACAGCUGCACAACUACUUAAACAGACCGAAGACUCUUUGAUAGAGCUGCAAAGAAGUAUGCAUCCCACAUCAACGGAAAAAGUUUUUUCUGUAUUAAAACCGAAUUUAAAAGGCUUUUACAAUGAAGCAGAUGACCAACGCCAUAAUGAAGAUAUGUAAUUAAAUAUAGCGAUCAAUUUAAUUCUGUAAUUAUGUAAGUAAAACAACAAAUGCAUUAAUUAGGUAAUUAAUUCAUCAACGUAUUUCGCGAGUUCUGCAAUGGACUCUGCCUCUUCCCGUAGAUGACUUCUAUAGAAUUAUUGUAAAAA